GAUCUUGAACCUGCGGCCGCUGCGGCCACUGCGGCCUGUCGGACAAACUCUCGAAUUUAUCGAAGUUGUGAAGAGAUGGCUUGGUGCAGAUCUUCCGUGGAGAACAGCUUGACCCCCGUUGUUGUGUGUGCCUUCACUGGUCCAGCACCACCGCCUGGCAUCGCACCAGCCUGUGGCGCAAGCAGCGCAAGCCAGUUGCUACCGGCAGAGGCGCCACUGAUGAGCCCCGGCGAAGUGCUUUCAGGUGGCGUCGUCAUGACCCAUCCUAACAGCACAGGGUGCUUUCCGGCAAUGGCCCCGGCAGGUGCCAUGCCGCUGCCCUGUUUGGCCGCCGAGCUCCCUCAUCCAUCAAUGACCGUCGACCACCAGACCUUGCAUGCCAGCGAAUGGCAAUAUAUGGAUCCGUUUAUGUUUGGCAUGGGCCCGGGCAUGGGUCCUUGCUGUCAGCCGGCUCUGCCUGCCCUCCCGGACAUGCAGCCUGGGCUGCCUGGGCCUGGACCUGCAGGCAUGCAGCUUGCACAGGCCGUGCAGGCUGCCAAUGCUGCGGCCGCACCCUUCGGAUCCGGUUCGAUGCCUUUGGCUGCCCAGCAGGUUUCGCCUGGCUUAUGGUGCGUUGUCGUCGCAGAUCCGUCUUACGGUGGAAUGCCAGCACAGGCCAGUGUGAUCACUGAGACCUGCCAGGGUCCUUUGCACUCCGAGCACCUGGCCACGCGAAGCACUCUGAAUCUCUGCCUUUCCGAGCAUUUGGCACCAAUACCAGAAGCAGCAGCAGCAGCAGCAGCAGAGUGUGACAGAUCCUCGACUUCUCCUCCAGGUUGGACCAGCGUAGUGCUUCAGAAACCCGAGGCAGACGUCCCGAGCACUCCACCACCACGGCAGCGCAGCGAUGAGAUGAUCCCGACACCAUCUCCCGUUCGCAGAUCUCCCCAGCCGUGUUUGGCACCUUCGGCCAAGGGUUGCUUCCCGAACAAGCCCAAGGUCGCCAGCGAGCAGCGCAAGUUGCACCUCCAGCCUGACUGCAUGCAGCCCGGACCCUGGCAUGACGUCCACUUCUCAACGAAUGGACAUGAGGACGGACACGAAUCGCAUCCCCCGCAAUUCCGGGGGAAAAUGCAUGCCGCAGCUUCCGGACACAAUCAUUCUACAGCCCACACCGUCCAUAAAGGCCAGAACGGAUCGAAUCAGCCUUUCAAGAAGAGAUAUUCUCAGUGGCCGAGUGCAGGUCAUGUUGCUCCCACGUCGAUGCCGCACCAUGCUCUGAACAAGGGUGACUCUUUGGAUUCCAUUUUGGAGCAUGCCAUUUGGGAUUUGAUGGAGCAGGUUUUGACGCAAAGGCCCAAGCUGGAGGAAGGCAAGCGUGUAAAGGUGACCCUGUCAAACUGGCUGAGCUUGCUUCCGGCAAGUCGGGGCAACAUGUGCCAGCGACGUGCUCUCGCCAAUCGGGCACUUCGCACCAUGAGCAAACGCCUUCCUGGGUGCUGUUGGACAGUGGACGUCGAGCGUCAGGAAAUGCAAGUUCACCUGGCCGACGUGGCCCGGUUCUCCAGCUUCUGUGAUGGCAAGUGCUAA